AUUCUUGAUCACCAUGCCUGCAAGACUUAUCGACAGAUAUGACCACGUCCCAGUGACUAAGGAAGACCUGGACUGGGCCGAACUCAUCACCCUCGACCUGAGCCAAUAUGAUCAGCCAGGCGGCAAGGAAUCGCUCGUUGAGCAGCUAGACCACGCUGUUCGUCAUGUUGGAUUCUUUUACGUCAAGAACUUCAACAUCAGCCAAGAGGAAAUCGACCGCCAGUUCGCUCUGGGUCGCGAGUUCUACGCUCUUCCACUUGAAGAGAAGCUCAAGUACCACAGCAGCGCCGAUCUGGAUAGAGGAGAAUACAACGGCUACCGGCCAGCUGGGCACCGAAUUCUUGGCAACGGAAUCAAGGAUAACGUCCAAGUAUACAACAUCCCCAAAUUUGAUGGGUAUCAUCAGCGCCAGCAACCUGCAAUCCUAGCCGACAAUAUUGACGAAAUCGAGCAGUUCAGCCGGAAAUGCCACACGGAAGUAGUCGAGAAGCUUCUCCGUCUCUUCGCCAUUCUGCUCGAACUACCCGACGAAGACCAACUCGUCCGAGACCACCAGUACGAUGUAAAGGGCGAGGACCACCUCCGCUACAUGCACUACGCCGCACGUGAUGCCGAGCUCAACAAGAAGGUCGGGGGUCUAUACUCUCCCGGUCAUACCGAUCUGGGCACGGUGACCCUGCUCUUCCGACAACCCGUCGCCGCGUUGCAGAUCCUCAACUCGGAAGGACAGUGGAAAUGGGUCCGCCCGCAGGAUGGAACCAUUACUAUCAAUACCUGUGAUGCGUUGACUGCGCUCACGGGCGGGUUGAUCAAAUCGAGCAUUCAUCGGGUUCAUGUUCCUCCUGCUGAUCAGGCGCAUGUGGAUCGGUUGGGUGUUUUGUAUUUUGCCAGGCCGAACAACCACGUCGUGUUGGAUCCGAUCAAGAACAGUCCCCUGCUUAACCGGCUCGGGCUCACUAAGAAUGUCUUUACGGAGUUGGGACAGCAUUUGACUACUGAGCAGUGGGUCAAGGCGCGGCAGACUCAGCAACAGAGACGCACGCGGGAGGCGAAGGUCUCCGAGGAUGGGAAAUACAGUUACGGAGACAAGGAUCUGCAGAUCCUCCCAGGGUUGGAUGCCAAAGUGUAUAACUGA